AUGGGCCGUUACAGGAGACGGCUCCAACCGUCCAUGGGCGAGUUCAAGCGCAUGGUGGGGCUGGUGGUUUCCACUGAGGCCAAGAUGAGCGUCAUCGAGAUUCUGAAUGCCAUUCGAUCUCGAUGCCCAGAAUGGACUGUCACACCGUGCCGUCUGCGGAAGGCACUGGCAGCCUUGCAUGCAGAAACGAACCGAGGAGACGCUCCUCAGUCUGGCAAGUGCAGGAUCUAUCCGCAUGACGUCGUGGAGCUGCGACCUGGAUCCAGAAAGCAGAAGCUGCGGCGGAUGUGGCGCGGCCAGGUGUACCGCGUCUCUGGUUACGAUGACGGAGCGUCGUCAGAUGAGGAGCUACCUCCAGGACGAUGCAGCGUCUCCUGGAUUGGAGACAAUCUCCACCAGACACCGGGCUUGCGAAUGAAGGAAUCUUCUUUGCAGCUGAUCGAUAGACCCUUUGUCAUCGGAGAUCGCGUGUCUGCCGUCAAGGAUCCCCAGUCUCUGGGCCUUGUUGUGGAUGUUCGCCCCGCCUUCACCUUGCACAAGCGCGUGCAUGUUGCAGCUGCUGCCUACCGAGCUGGCCAGUUCUCCGUCGCAGAGGGGCUGUACACGGAGGCGCUGGAAUCUGCAGAGGAUGCCGAGUCCCGUACAUCUGCCCUGGUCAGUCGAGCCCAGUGCCGGCUGAAGCUGCAGCGCUUCGAAGAUGCACGGGAGGAUGCGGCGGCGGCACGUGCCCUUGCACCUGAGAACCCGAAAGCCUGGUAUCGCCUGGGCGUGGCCAACGCCCACCUGGCCAGACUCGAAGAGGCAGAGGAGGCGCUGAAGGAAGCUCUGUCCUUACGGCCCGCCGACAAAGAUGUAGCAUCUGCACUCACGUCUGUACGACGGCGGCUGCUGGAGGCAGAGGGCCGCUACGCCUGGCUGGAGGUGUAUGAGCAAUACUUCCAGACCGGCACUUUGGCAGUUGCCAAAGCCAAGCAGAAGCAGAUGUCGCAGGAGGGAGGAUCAGGUGCAGAGGGAGAAGACUUUGUCAUUGCAAGUCUGGAUGUGGAGCCGUAUGUAGGUCCCGUUCGGAUCGGCCAUUCCCCAGAGCGAGGCCGGGGCCUCUUCUUGACGGAAGACGUCCCGCAAGGAAGGCUACUCCUCUGUGCACAAGCCUUGGUAACCGGCCUGAACGAGGAUCUGCCGCGUCUUCUUCAAGAAGCUGCCAGAAGUGAGGAGGUCGGGCAAGUGCUGCGAAGUCUUUCGCGCGGCACCAAAGAAUCUGAAGAGGAGAUGCCACUUCUCAGCCCUGCGCAACUGGCAGCUCCGAGGAAGCUCCUGAGGGCAGAGGCCACAUCUGAAGUUGAAAGUUCGGUGGAAGAGAUGAAAGCCGUCUUAUACUACAAUCAGUUUGGCCUGCCCAUUGUGAACCCCAAUGCUGCACCUCUGGAGAUUGGCAACGAUCCUGAGCGCUCAGGGCUCUGGCUGCUACCGGUCUACGUAAACCACUCGUGUUUGCCCAACGUCCAGAGGCUGAUCGUUCUGGACUGCUUGUUCUUGCGAGCUGGCCGCGACCUCAAAGCUGGAGAGGAGCUCUUCGACAGCUACGCAGAGACCUUGCAGCCUUGGUACCGACGGCGGGACUCGUUGGCAAGCUAUGGCUUCCAUUGCUGCUGUGAGAGGUGCCGGCUUGAAGAGGCAGUGCUUGGCCAGCAACAAAAGGCUGUGGAAGACCUUCUGGAGCAGGCUGCAGAGGCGGUACGAGGGGCAGAUGGUGCGGAAUUAGCCGAACGCACGGAGGCCGUUGCCACCGGCGCCGAGGUAUUUACUGCCAAGACACUCGCAACUGCACUGCAAGAAGGGCGCGCUGCCACUCUGCAGAUGUCGAUGUACGAGUUGCCAGCCACCCCCCUCUCGGCUCAGAGGAUGGCAUUGCUUCGGGACGGCUUCGAGAGAUGUGUGGAUGAUGCGGAGCAGCGAUGCUUCGAGCAGCAAGACAAGCUGCAGGCACUUCUCCUGGGCAGCCUUGCAAACGUGCUGCGAGGCUUCGCACUAAGCCUGCGAGGCCUCAACCGCUAUGUGGAGGCAGCAGCUGCUUGGUCCAGAGUCUUGGAUGCUCUGGAGCAGGUGAUUCCGAGUUCCGAGCUUGCUGCAAUUGUUGCCAAUGACAUGCUGAGCAACAAGCUGCUGGCAUUCCAUCUGGACUACAAGAAAGCAGCUCAGAAGGAGCUUCGCCGGGCUCUUCUGCGAAGCCACCAGGCGUAUGGUGGAGGGGUAGCAACCUGGAGCUUCUUAACUUCCAAGCUCUUUGCGCAAUCCGUCUUGGACGGAGGCGCCGAAACUUGGAGAGCCAUGCAGAAGGAGCAGUCCAAGCUUGCGUCCGGCCGGGAGCAGGGCUACUGCCCAAAGGAUGCCACCGUGGCGGCUGCAGAAGAGCAUAAAGAGGAGAAGCCAGGUUUCGAGGACCUGCUCCGCAAGCAAGCUGUGCGCAGGACGCAAGAGAAGCUUGAAGUGCGAGAGCACAAAACAGUGGAGAGGUCUGCCCCGCCGCCCAGUGCCAAAGUAGCACCGACAGCACCGAGAGGGCAGAUGCUUUCCACAGAGGGGGAGGGCGGUGCCCAGAAUCCCAGCCAUCCGGUGGUUGCUGAAGGCGUGAGCCGUGUGAACAAUGCCAACUGCACUGUCACAACCGAAACGGGCGCAGACGGCUUUGACUUUGUCACAGUGGUGGUUCACCUGCCGGGCCUCAGCUCAGCGGCCGAGGCAUCCCUGGAGGUCUCGGAGACUGAGCUGAAGGUCACCAGCCUGAGGCCAGAUGCACCUCACAAUGUCCAUACCACGCUCCCGGUGAAAGUGGAGACCUCGAGCAGUACGGCCAAGUGGUCACGGCGCAUGCAACAGCUGACGAUCAGGCUUAGGGCGGUGCAAAAAGCAGAACGCAGCUAA